GUUGUCUUUAGUUUAGAUGCAUGUGCACUACGGACUCACUGACAGGAGUAAACUGACCUCAAUAAGAUGAGUUUAGUAAUCAUUCACAUUCAUUAAAGUUGAUUAUCUAACUGAAAUAAAUUUUUAAAUUAUUUUUAUUGAGUGAACAGUCUUUCCUCAUCUUUCUUAUACAGACACUUUCUGAUUGCUCUUCUGUUAUCCGUUACAGAUCGUGUGUAUCUGUUUUUUCACCAAGUGAAAAGUUGUCCCUAAACAGCACUCAGUCGUUAGUUGAAGUCAUGCCUAUUCGUAAGGAAACAACUCGACAUCACCUUAGGGAAAUAACACACAAGGAAAGGAUUGAGAAAGCGAAAGAACGUCGAAUCAAACGCAAACAACGAAAAGAAAGUGGUGCACCUGCAGGAAUUCCACAAACUCUCGAGUCACUUAGAACAGCUGAUGAGACUAUUGUUCCAAAAGAGGACGAUGAAGUGAUCAUUGAACAUGAAACAGAUGAACUUUCACCUAUUUUUAAAGGAGAAAUCACUCCAAAGAUUUUACUAACUUUCUCUGAUCGUGUGUGCCCGAGGACAAUUGGAUUUUGUAAAGAGCUGAGCAAGGUUAUUCCAAAUGUUCAUCUUACUGCACGUUGGCAUCUACCUCUGAAAAAAAUUAUACCUUUAGCCAUUGAACGUGGAUUUACGUGUUUAUUAAUUGUAAAUGAAGAUCAUAAAAAAGUCAAUACCCUAAUUGUCAGUCAUCUGCCUAAUGGACCAACGGCUACUUUUCGUUUAACUAAUGUACUACUUCGUCGAGAAAUGCGUUCUAAGAAGAAAAAUAAAUACAUUGAGUCGAAUGUUAUACCUCAUCUUAUUACUACACGUUUUAUGACACGUCUUGGUCUUCGUACUGACGUAUUCUCAGCGGUUUGUUUCCCAGUGUUAGUCGUCAAACACCAGAACCACAUAGUAGAACAAUUGUUUUUCACAAUCAAAGAGAUUAUAUAUUUUUUCGUCAUUAUCGUUAUAUACAUCAGAAUACUGGCGUUAAUGAAGCUAAAAUGGUGAAAAUGAACAUAUUGCAAUGAAUGAAGUUGGACCAAAGUUCACACUUAAAUUACGUUCAAUUCAGUUGGGUACUUUUGAUAGUCAAUUUGGAAAUUAUGAAUGGGUUCGUAAGCGAACUGAAGUUGGUAAAAGUCGAAGAACAUUUGUUUUGUAAUUGGUAUUUAGUAUGUCUGUUGUAAAUGUAAUUGCAGUUUGUGAAUAGCCUUCGUCUUGUACAAAAAUAUAUUUUCAGACAAAUUUACCUCGCAGUGGUUGUCAUUGUUAAGAAGCUAGUAAACGGGACAAUAUAUAUGUUCAUUGUUCU